AUAGCAAUGCACUACUUCGUGCUGGCGUAGAGGGAGCGGGGUACUUUAAUACAAGUAAAAAAGCACGUACAUUUAUUUCUUUAGGAUCUGUAAGGGAUCUGUGGAUGGUUACUUAAGGACGUGAAGGGUAAGUUCUCUUAACCCGGAGGCACAGCGGAUUAUAAUAUGAGCGGAGGUUUAUGAAAUCUAUUUGCACGGAACGGUGCUGUUAUAGGAGUGGCAUUUCAGCUGCCGGAGACGGCUGACACCGGCUGAGGGAUAAUCAGAGUGACAGUCAACAUAUUUUCGAGAUUCCCGUGGAGCUUUCUGAGAGCCGACAGACGGAAGAGCCCUCGGGUCUAAUCAUGUACAUAAAGAGCGCGUGCCGUCCGUGCGUGCAAAGACGGAGCACAGUCUGUUGUCAUUCCGGACACUUUUGAAUUUGUUUUGGAUAUCAGCGAGCAAAUCUUUUCUUUGCAACGUAAUUAAAAAAAAUAAAAAUACAUACACAUUCUUGACCGAUAAGUGAUGGAAUGAGGAACUAACAGAGAGCGUUUAACUAAAGGAAUUUACGGAUCUUCUCAUUGGAUGUAGGCAUGAUUCCCGUUCAGCGCGUAAAGGGUCAGCCACGAAUGUGGCAGAUGAGCGGGGAGCCUCCUCCGCUGGUGUGGAUGAUCCCGACCACGACCGGACUCUGUGCAGUGGGCUCUGCGGUUCCCCCGCCGUUCCUCAUCACCUCGCGCCAGCCUCCUCUGCUGCAAGCCGUCUCGAGCUGGCAAUUGUCCUGCGAUCCAUUUGUGCCGGUAAUGCGCGCGGCGGAUCCAGUCGUCAGACAGUUUCCGCUGCCAAAUGUUCAGUGGAAGCUUCCAUCCAGGUCUCCAAUGCUAGGCUUUCAGCCUCCAGCAGGUGUUGACCUGGUACCUGUCUUCCCUCCUGUGUACCGCGCAAUUCUGCCCCCACACUACCGCAAGGCCUGGCUGGAGAAACGUGUGCCAGACUACAAGGUUUAUCUAAAUAACACUCUGGCUCUGGAGACCACCUGGAUUGGACCAGAGGAAAUGGGAAUUUUUCAGCGGCAGGAAAAGCCGAGGCUGAUGACAAAUCAAGCGGCAAUGAGCAUAUCCAGGCCAGUCGCUGCCUCCAGGAAUUUCCACACUCUGCUUCUGACACCCAGGCGCAUUUCAGGUUGCCCCAUGGCCGUUAAACGAGUGUGGAACAAUAAGAAGAUGGCUGUGAGCGCAGCCACUCUGAUGGCCAUGGAAUCCGACGUGACCCAGGGCCCAUCUGCGUCCUCUGCUCAUCCUCUGCACCUGCUCUCGCUGGCGCCCAUUAAGAUCCCGCUUUUGACACCACCAAGCACAGGGUCCCGGAACUGCUGGAAAGGUCUGUUAAGUCCUGUCCUUCCUGCGCAGAUCACCGAGGUAACAUCCCUGUCUUCUCCUGGUGUGACCCUGGUGACUGGAGACUGGAAAGAUCAAGCAGCUCUAGGUGAGCUUAGAUUCAAAGCUGCAGAAAGAGAUAAGACGCUGGAAGUGAAGAAGCCGCCCUGUGCUAGAGCCUUGGUGUUCAGCUCUGAUUCGGCCGUGGAGGACAAAGCAGGGGAUGAGCACUUUAAGGUCAGCGUGAAUAUUGACAGCUCACCCAAAGACAAUCGGCCCGUUGCAUCAACACCUGUGCCAGGAUCACCAUGGUGUGUGGUUUGGACAGGAGAUGACAGAGUAUUCUUCUUCAACCCUACCAUGCAGCUGUCUGUGUGGGAGAAACCACUAGAUCUACAGGACCGGGGGGACCUCAAUAAAAUCAUAGAGGACCCUCCACAUAAACGCAAGAAAGACACGUUGCAUGAUGGCUCAAAUUCUCCCUCAGCUGAAGAUGAGGAUGAUGAGGAGGAAGACAACCACAUUUCAAAAUCUAAACGCAACAAGCUCGAGGAGCCGGCCAACUGCAUGGCUUCCAGCACUGACGGGCACGCGGAGAGGUGCCGGGCUGCACCUGAUCAGCCAGUCCUGCCGUUGGAGCUCCGCGUUACUCAUUUCAGAGAUAUGCUCUUGGAGAGAGGGGUGUCUGCAUUUUCUACAUGGGAGAAAGAAUUACACAAAAUUGUGUUUGACCCUCGGUACCUCCUGCUAGGCCCUGAGGAACGUAAGCAGAUUUUUGAUCAGUUCGUCAAGGCCAGGAUAAAUGAGGAAUACAAGGAGAGAAAGAACAAAUUGCAGCAGGCGAAGGAGGAGUUCAGAAAACUACUCGAAGAGUCAAAGGUGACAUCCAGGUCAACUUUCAAAGAGUUCUCGGAGAAGUAUGGCAGAGAGCCACGCUUCAAACAAGUUCCAAAACAGAAGGACAGGGAGCUCCUUUUCAUCCAAUUUGUCAAUGGGCUCAAGAAGCGUGACAAGGAAAACCGAAUGAAACUGCGCAAAAUGAGAUGAAGACAGGCUGGGAAAAUUGUUUUGUUUUUUUUUUUCUUUGGGAGGGGGGUGAAUACUGUGACAGAAUCCCCUAACAGUUCAUUUUCUGUUCAAAUGGCACAAUGACAAAAACAAACAAAAAAGCAAAAAACAAACAAAAAAAAAAAAAAAACAGUCAGCCAAUCAGGUUUGACUUUAGAGAUGGUUCAGCUCUGACAAGAUUGUGUUUCAUAUUGAAGCUCUUGAUAUUGUAUGUUGCAAGAUGUCACAGUAAAUAAAAUUUAAAUAGUGUAUUUCAGUAAAUAUGUAAACUGUGUGUUUUAAAGCCAUUGACCUCAGCAAACAGGUAUAAAGUUAUUUUUAAGGAUUGUAAAUAUGUUGAUAACUUGGCACUGUAAUGAAUCUGGUUUAGUGGAUGUUCAAUCACUAUGUGGAAUGUUACAGCAAAAACAAGAUUCUCCACAGCAUCUGUGAGAAUCACUGAGUUGUUGUUUUGGUGGAUUUUUCAAUUGUUGUUUAAAAAGAUCAUUGUGACUAAAAUUGUUAUGGUACUGUAUUGAUUAUAAAUAAUAGAUUUCACAUCUCAUUAACAUAGUUAAUGCAUUUAUGUUAAAAAUCAAGACUCUUACCAAGUGCGCUUCACACUCUACAAAACAGUAUAUUACUUUUACAGAGGACUAUUUAAUUGCUUGGACCAUAGUGAUGUAUUUUGUUAUUUAUUUUUUUAUUUGUUUUUCAUUUGCCUUAUGUGACAUACCAUAAACAAUGGCAAAUUGUUACCAUGUAACAAUUGUGUGCAGUUACGGAAAAGUUGCUUGAUUUUGACUUUGACACUACUCAGAGUUUUAAAAUCUUUGGUAAAGCACUUCAUAUUUAAUUUAAUUCAUUCAUGUUUUGUUUUAUAUCAAAUAAAGUAACACUGUUGAAAAAGCUACAUUUGUAAGCUAAAUUAAAAGCAUUAAGUGAAAUUAUUCUAAAAUUGAAGUUGGCAAAUAUCACCUUCACCUGUUAAA